AUGAUGACAGCUAGCAAGGCAGUCGACGUGAGCAGCAAGUCUGAAAGCAGUGUCUGCAAGUUUGUUGAGAGGAUCAAGCUUGCAGAUAAAAAUAAUACAUCAGCUGUGACGGAAUUAGAAGGACCUUUGUGUGGAUUUCUGAGUGAGAGGUGUUCUGAAGGUGCCUCUGUCACCCUGGGUUUAACACCUGAAGCUGAACCAGUUCCUUCUGUGGUGAAGAACCCACUGGGAGCCUUGGAGAACUUGAUGCUGGAUCCAAGGCUAGAUAGCUUUCAGCAGAACAUGCUUAGUCCCAAAAUGAUCAUCAGUGACCCGUCUGUGGAUCUAAAUGUUAAAGAAAACAAUAAAAUCAUCAGGAGACAGAUAGGAGGCACUCAGAAUAUAAGGUCACCUGGAAAAAUUGGCUUGAGGAAUAAGACCUUCAGCAUCAAGGACAAAAUUUCAGAAUGGGAGGGGAAAAAGGAAAUGCAGUCUGCUCCUCGCAGAGAGGAGGAGCAGGGAGUUAGAGAGGAGCACAAGGUGCCCUGUGUAACUGAGAAGGCAGGUGGGGAAGCACUGAUGACUCGGAAAGUGGAAACCAAGAGACUCAUGAACUGGGAACGGGAGUGCAAAGGGACAGGCAAAGAAAAUGAGCAGAAAGUGAGAACUCAGAAAAGCUCAGGGCGGGCAGCGGAGCGAAAGGGGGAAGUGCAGAAGGAUGAGGAAGUGGAGUCCAGCCCUGCAAAAUGCCAGGAGGUGAAAGGUGGGAAAUGGGAGAUCCAGAAGGAGAAUCUUUCAGUGCUUAGUCAGGUCAAGAAGCUAGAGCAGGCUUUGAGAGACGGCUCAGCAGAGCUGCAGCCACAGUUGCCUGGUACCUACUAUUCCCCACAGUGCUUGCAGGAGAAGGCAGCACAGGGACACACUGCCUCUGAGGGCCAUGAGAGCAUAUGUGGGGCCGAGCUCAACAGAAGGCUUCUUGGCUUGGACUCUGAAAUCAGUGAACCGAUUUUUGGGACUCUAGAAGAGAUAAGAACUUCUCAUGCAAAAUCCAAGGACUGCACAGUGGAGAAUGUGUACACAGAGCCAGGGGUGCCAGAGAAGAAACCCUUCAUCAACCCACUGCCAAAGCCCCGGCGGACUUUCAAGCACGAGGGGGAAGAGGACUGGGUCCCAGCAGCUAGGAAUAAAAGAAACCUACCCCCUCUGCCAUCCAUUCCUCCUCCUCCUCUGCCCUCCUCUCCUCCCCCAUCAGCUGUCAGCAGGAGGCUCUGGAGCGGGAAGCACAAGAAUAACGCUGACCACAGGAAGUCAUAUGAGUUUGAAGACUUGCUGCAGUCCUCGUCUGAGAACGGCCGGGUGGACUGGUACGCACAGACCAAGCUGGCCCUCACACGCACGUUAUCUGAGGAGAACGUCUACGAAGACAUCCUGGAUCCACCAUUGAAGGAAAACCCUUAUGAAGACAUUGAGACCAACAGCCGCUGUUUGGGGAAGAAAUGUGUCUUGACCUUCCCAGCAUCCCCCACCUCUUCUGUACCUGGGACUCCCACUAAGUUGCUUUCCAAGCCCAUUUUUUUCCGACAAAACUCGGAGCGGCGGAGUUUCAAACUGCCAGACAUACGGAAACUGAGCCGUGAUGGGACAGGGUCACCAUCCAAAAUCAGCCCUCCCUCAACCCCCAGCAGUCCAGAUGACACCUUCUUCUCCUUGGGAGACCCUCAGAAUGGCAAGAGGAGAAGGAAGAUCCCCAAGCUUGUGUUGAAAAUCAAUGCCAUUUAUGAGGCACGAAGGGGAAAGAAACGUGUCAAGAGACUGUCGCAGUCUACAGAGAGCAAUUCAGGGAAAGUUACAGAUGAAAACAGUGAAUCAGACAGUGAUACUGAAGAGAAGCUGAAAGCUCACAGCCAGCGCCUGGUGUAUGUGAAAUCCCGCCUGAAGCAAACCCCGCGGUACCAAACCUUGGAACGGGACUUGAUUGAGUACCAGGAGAGGCAGCUCUUCGAGUACUUUGUGGUGGUGUCGUUGCACAAGAAGCAGGCCGGGGCUGCCUACGUGCCGGAGGUCACACAGCAGUUCCCGCUGAAGCUUGAGCGCUCGUUCAAAUUCAUGCGCGAGGCAGAAGAUCAGUUGAAAGCUAUUCCCCAGUUUUGCUUCCCUGAUGCAAAGGACUGGGCCCCCAUCCAUCAGUUUGCCAGUGAGACGUUCUCGUUUGUCCUGACGGGGGAAGAUGGAAGCAGACGGUUUGGAUACUGUAGGAGGCUGCUGCCCAGUGGGAAAGGGAAGCGCCUCCCAGAAGUUUACUGCAUUGUGAGUCGCCUUGGAUGCUUCAAUCUCUUCUCUAAGAUCUUGGAUGAGGUUGAGAAGAGACGGGGCAUUUCCCCUGCCUUGGUGCAGCCUCUCAUGAGAAGUGUCAUGGAGGCACCUUUUCCAGCUUUGGGCCGGACGAUUACAGUCAAAAACUUCUUGCCAGGCUCAGGAACAGAGGUCAUUGAGCUGCGGCGGCCUCUUGACUCCAGGCUUGAGCAUGUUGAUUUUGAGUCCUUGUUCACAUCCCUCAGCGUGCGGCACCUGAGCAGAGUCUUUGCCUCCCUGCUGCUGGAGAGGAGGGUGAUCUUUAUUGCAGACAAGCUCAGCACUCUCUCCAAGUGUUGCCACGCCACAGUGGCCCUGCUGUACCCCUUCACCUGGCAGCACACCUACAUCCCCGUGCUGCCGCCUUCCAUGAUCGACAUCGUGUGCUC